GAAGUUGUUAUUCAAAGAAAUCAAAUCGAGGAGGAGUAGUUCUUCUUCUCGAUCUCUCCUUGGUGCUCGGGAGAGAGAAAAAGGAAGAAGAUCUGUAUAAUUAUAUUCGAGCGACAUCGUCUAACCAUCAGUGGAAAUGGAUGGUGUUGCGGGUUUGCAAGAGGCAGCUGGGGCCAGAUUUAGCCAGGUUGAGUUAAUCGGGAGAGGAUCCUUUGGUGAUGUCUACAAAGCGUUUGAUUCGGAACUUAACAAAGAAGUUGCCAUUAAAGUUAUUGAUCUCGAAGAAUCAGAAGACGAGAUUGAAGAUAUACAGAAGGAAAUUUCAGUAUUGUCACAAUGCCGUUGCCCAUACAUUACCGAAUACUAUGGUUCUUACCUCCACCAGACCAAGUUAUGGAUCAUCAUGGAAUAUAUGGCUGGUGGCUCAGUUGCUGACCUGCUACAACCAGGGCAUCCAUUGGAUGAAAUUUCAAUUGCUUGUAUUACGCGGGAUCUACUUCAUGCUGUUGAAUAUCUCCACACUGAAGGAAAGAUCCACAGAGAUAUCAAAGCCGCUAAUAUUUUGUUGUCCGAGAAUGGAGAUGUUAAGGUUGCGGAUUUUGGUGUAUCUGCACAAUUAACCCGGACAAUUUCAAGGAGAAAGACAUUUGUAGGAACACCGUUUUGGAUGGCACCAGAAGUGAUUCAGAAUUCAGAAGGGUAUAAUGAGAAGGCAGAUAUAUGGUCUCUCGGAAUAACAAUGAUUGAGAUGGCAAAAGGAGAACCUCCCCUUGCUGACCUUCAUCCUAUGAGAGUGCUUUUUAUCAUUCCCCGGGAAAGCCCUCCUCAGUUAGAUGAGCAUUUUUCUCGUCCUUUGAAGGAAUUUGUUUCAUUUUGCUUGAAAAAGGCUCCUGCUGAGAGACCAAGUGCCAAAGAACUUCUCAAACAUAGAUUUAUAAAGAGUGCUAGGAAAAGCCCGAAACUUCUGGAGAGAAUAAGGGAGCGGCCAAAGUACCAAGUAAAAGAGGACGAAGAUAGUCCAACACGUGAUCCGAAAUCUCCGGCUGAAUCAUCUGGGACUGUUAGAGUGGCUAGAGAUGACAGAGGCCAUGGAACUUCUGGAACUAGGUUGGAUCAAUGGUCUUCUCUUGGGAUUUCUUCUCUAUUUCUUGUUAUCACCAUGUUGAGAACUUGUAGUUACAGUUUUCAGGGAAGAACAAUCAAAAAUGCCGGGUGGGAUUUUAGCAUUGGGGGUUCUCAGAGUGCUGGAACUGUUCGAGCUUUGAAACCUCCUCAAUCUAGGGAAAGGCGCCAAGAAGUUACUUCUGAUCAGAGUUUUCAAAAAUCAUCACGAGCCAGUGCUAGUCAAUUGUCUUCCACUUCUGGUGCUGUAGUCCCCGAAAUCUCUGAAGGAGGUUUUCUUAAAAGAGAUUCCUAUCAGAAUGACGGUCAAGAAGAGGAUGAUUCAUCACUCAGUGGUUCUGGAACUGUUGUCAUAAGAUCUCCCAGAAGCUCUCAAUCAUCUUCAGUAUUUCGUGAUCUAAGCUCUGGGUCUACCAGCAGGUAUACAUCUUUUGAUGAUGCUUCUACAAGUGGAACGGUUGUUGUCCGUGGGCAGAAUGAUGAUUCUGGAUCACCUCGAACACCAAAAUCAAGAUUAGGGCUUCAAGAAAGAAGUUCAAGUGCCUCUGAAGAUAGCAUAGCAAAUCUUGCAGAGGCAAAGGUAGCACUUGAAGCAGGUUUCAGAAGGGGCAAUGCUAGGGAAAGACUUGGUAAUGGGAAGGUUAACAAAAGAAGGGAACAAGAAAAAGAUAGUUCGGAUCAUUUGAGAAGUUCCCGCGAUGAUUCUGAGAAACAAAAACCACUCAUAAGAUCGCAACAAGUGAGUGAUGAUGAAGAUGAGUCUGAAUUGGCAUCAUUAUCUGCAUCAUUGUCACUAUUGCUCUUACCAUCCCUGAAGGAGGCUGUUGGGGGUGACACUUCAAAAGGAUCAGUUGGACAUAGAGUUUCGAGAGCCUUAGUGAAGAUGGAACGAGAAAAGCCUGGUUCUUCUGAAGCAUUUAUCGCCAAACUGAUUGAACAGUUGGGAAGUUCAAAGGAAGUGUCAGUGAAAGAAGUGCAAGACAUGGCGAUCCGUGUGUUCGGUAAGACAGUGAACAAUGAUGCAGAAAACAAAAGAAAGCAAGCUAGCAAAGAGUUUGCUUCCAAUACCAACGUUAGCCCACUUGGAAGAUUCUUAUUCUCAAGAUGGCUAGGCCAAACAUCACGUGAUCUUAACCCAAGUUGAGACAUGGAGAGAGAACAUAAGACUGGUGUUUGUGUUUGUGUGUCUUGACAUUGGUUGAUGCAUUGAAUUUUGGUACUUAUGUGUAUAAUUGAUUUGUUCAGCAGAAGAUGGGUGGUAUUAUGAAUUUUAAGUAAAAUUUCCCCUUUCUUUUUUUCUUUUUAUUGGGAUCUUUUUAAUCUUUAUUUUUAUUAUUCCUUCCUGUUUUUUCGAGAGGAAGCAUAUUAUUAGUUGUA